ACAAAGGCAACAACCACCACCCUCAUAUCACUAGUCUCUCAACUCUCAGAGGUCAAAAAUCGAAAAAAAAAAUGGCAGAAAAUCCAGCAGCGAUACGUUUUGGCAUCACUGGAUGCGCCGACAUAGCCAGAAAAGUAGCGCGAGCCAUAAAGCUCGCACCCAACGCCACCCUCUACGCUAUCGCCAGCCGUUCGAUUGACAAAGCAAAGAAAUUCGCAGCCGACAGUGGACUCUCCGGAGCCGUCAAGAUAUACGGGAGCUACGAUCAACUGCUCGACGAUCCAUGUGUAGAUGCAGUGUACAUGCCCCUGCCCACAAGUCUUCACCUGCACUGGUCUGUGUUGGCUGCUCGAAAGAAGAAGCAUUUGCUUUUGGAAAAACCAACGGCUCUGGAUGUGGGUGAGCUUGAUCGGAUACUGGAAGCGUGCGAAUCCAACGGUGUACAGUUCAUGGAUGGGAGCAUGUGGCUGCAUCAUCCCAGGACUGCCAAGUUGAAGGACUUGGUCUCUGAUCCCAAGCUUUUUGGUCAGAUUGACAUUAUCCGUAGCACAUCAACAAUGCCAGGAACCCAGGAUUUCUUGGAGAGCAACAUCAGAGUGAAUCCGAACUUGGAUGCUCUCGGUGCACUUGGGGACAUAGGCUGGUACUGCAUUGGGGCCAUCUUGUGGGCAAAGGACUACAAAUUACCAACUGUGGUGAAUGCUCUACCUGAUGUCCUCAAAAACUCUGCAGGGGUCAUCUUGUCUUGCUCUGCAUCAAUUCAUUGGGAACCCGCAGACAAAACCGUCGCCACAAUUCACUUCUCUUUCCUCUCCCACUCGUCCAUGGACUUGGCUAUGACCGGUUCUAAUGGUUCGAUGCAUUGCAACGACUACAUUAUUCCGUACCAAGAGAAUUCAGCUUCAUUUGACUUUACAUCCGGCGCAACAUUUGUGGAACUCCAUAGCGGGUGGGAUGCAAAACCAGGAGAAGUUACCGUCAUUUCUGAGCUGCCGCAAGAGGCCUUGAUGGUUCAAGAGUUUGCAAGGAAUGCUGAGGACAUUCGGAAAUUUGGAAAGCGUCCGGACAGUAAAUGGCCCGAGAUUAGCAGAAAAACGCAAUUAGUGUUGGAUGCGGUGAAGAAAUCCAUUGAUCUUGGUUGUAAACCUGUUAAGUUGUAAUAAUUUUCUUGGCUUUUUUAAGGCGUACGGGAUUAGUUUGGUAAGAACACUUACAUAAGUUAGGACAGUUGUAGUUUUAUAAAUAUUUAAAGCAAGUGGUGAAAUAUGGAUAAAGUUGAUUUUUUUUU